AUGUUGACUGUUGACUAGGUAAUUUUCAUUUUUUUAUCUAAAAAUUUUUCAAAUANAAUAACAGAUGGUGGUAUUGUAGGUUAAGAAGAACUUAUAGAAGAAUUAUCUCAACGAAAACAUAAUUGCCAAUGCAUUGAUAAUACUAUUGCCUAUUCUAUGGAAGCAGAAGUAUUUAGAAAAAUUAGGAAAAUGUUUCCAGAUAUUAUAAAUCUCUUAAAAGAAAUUUAAGAUCAAAAUAAUUAAUAUAUCUCUUUAAGAAAAUAGUAAGUUUUGCAAAGUAUUUAAAGAUAUUAAUAAUAAAUCAUAAAAAUUAAUUAAAAUUAAGUUAAAUCAAAAUCAUUUUAUGAGUAUUUAGAUUUAUAAAAAAGAUACCUUGGUUAAUCCAAAGUUUUAAGAUCUGAUAAUAAAAAAUUAUUAACUCUUUCCUAAAGUGUAAAAAGAAAUUAAGAAGCUUUCUUAUACAAAUACAAAGAUAAAUCUCCAUAAGAUUAUUUUAUGACAAAUUCAGAAUUACAAUCUAAAAUCUAAGAAAAAUAAGAAAGACUUUAUUAUAUUAAUAAUAAAAAUCUUCAGAAUAAAAAUUUUAAAUCCAAAUUAGGAUUGAGUCUCUCUAAUGAAAUUAAAAAUUUUAAAUUAAACUUAUCCAAAUCAUAAUCCAAAUUUAAUUAAUCAGAAUAAAACCUAGAAAAUUUAAUUAAUUUUUAACAUUUAUAAUACAUAAAUGAUGGAUCUUCAUUAUCUCCAUCAAGCAGAAAAUUAUUAUCAAUGAACCAAUCACCAGUAAAUGAUUCUUUAAAAAAAAAACAAAUGUUACUUAAAAAAAUUUAAAAAUCCAUAAAACCAAGCUACAAAAACAAUAAUUCCUUAACAAGUCGUCAUUUACAAAGUCUUCAUUCUUAAAUUAAUUUUAAAAAAGGAAUUAAAACCGAUUAAAGCUUUCAUAAUGAAUAAUAAUAAAAGUAAUUGUUUAUUACAUCUUGCAGAAAUAAAAAUGAAAAUUCUCAUCAAUCUUUUCCAAAGUUAUUAUUAAUUGAAAAUGAAAACAACUGA